AUGGGUUGUUUGCCAAGCAAGCACCAGGCUCAGGCGGCCGACAAGGCCGCCGAACUGCAGCCCACAACGCCGGAUCAAAAGGAUGAGGCCACCCCGGCCCCCGCAGCAGCCCCAGCCGCCCCCGCUGACACCACCCCGGCCCCCGCAGCAGCCCCAGCCGCCCCCGCUGACACUACUCCGGCCCCUGCAGCAGCCCCAGCCGCCCCCGCUGACACCACCCCGGCCCCCGCUGCGGAAAAGCCUCGCCCCAUGAUCUUUGCUCUCAUGCGUAACGGCCACGAGGUCAUCCGUGGCGGUGUCGAGGAUUGCCGUGCUGCUCUCGAGGCCAACGACAAGGAUCUCUUCUACAAGUCCUGGAACGAGCUCAUGGAGUUUUACAAGAUGCACGCCGCCAUGGAGGACGGCUACAAUGGCGUCUGCAAGGGCAUGUUUGCCAUGCUGAAUGAGCAGUUUCCAAACGUCGCCGAUGACCUGCCCAAGCUGCACGAGGAGCUGCAUGGUGCCGAGCAUGCUGUGCAGGGAGCCGUGGACAAGGGCGCCGAGCUGGAGGAGCUGCGCGCGCUCUUCACGCCGUGGGCGGAGAACAAUGAGGCGCACUUGAAGCAGGAGGAGGGCGUGAUGAUGCCCUGCGUGUCCAAACUGGCGGCCAGUGGCUUCAACCUGCGUCAGGCCAUGCGGGAGCAUUUGCUGCCAGCAGCGGUGAAGAUGAACAUUGAUCACUUUGUGGGAUAUGCGAUGCGCGUUCUGGAGGCGCAUCCCGGCAACAUGCCCCGUGCGCGUGUGUUUGCGCAUGCGCUUCAGUUUUCGGCGACGGAGGAGCAGUGGAAGGCCUGGCACCCGAUCGUCAAGGCCAACCUGAGCCCGGCCUUGUACGCGAGCAUCUGCGAGGAAGUCGGCUGGGAGCCGGUUUCCACUCGCGUCGACAUGGUGUAA